AUGGACCCAAACGGCGCUCAAGGCCACGGCCGCAGCAACGUCGGCCGCUUUCUCUCGGACCCCACGCAGCUCCGGGACAGCCUCGUGAACGAAUUUGAUCUUUUGUACUGGUUUCGGCAAACGCUCAUUAUCAUCAAGGACACGGAGAUGUACGAGCCGUAUGUUUCUCUCAAGUACGCGCAGAACAUCAACGAUGCGUCGUUUGUGCUGCGGCAUGUCUUGUCGACGGGAUCGAUCGACACCUUUGCGUCGCGCUUUGCUGCGCUCGUGAUGAAGCUCGCGUUUGAACAAGUGCUCAAGCUGUCGAUUCCGCAGGAUGAGCCACAACAACUACUCGUCGACGCCAGCUGCGCAGUGGUGACGGGUCAUGCGACCAAUGCACCUGCCUCGCAUACCUCCAACACGACCUGCCACCGGCGACACGGCUGGGUCAGCUACAUCCAAACGACGGUGGAGCCCAACCAUGUGAUACCGUGGGGCGAGUUGGCUGUCGUGCACGCUGCCGUCAAGCGCAACCCGAAGCUCCAGAUCCACAAGCACCGCCUCGUACUGGUCAUGCCGGUCAAGCUGACGUGGGUCGGCCUGGAGUUCGCACCAGAGAUUGACGACGUUGCCGUGUACACGGGUGUCGUUGCGCUAUCGCGAGCCAUCGACUAUGGCAAGCCGGAAGCAACCGAGUACAUGUAG